UACCCGCUGACCGUAUCCCCUCCUCCCGCCUAUAAAAGAACCUGAAGAAUUGAAAGAGGACUGUGUGCAUUUGGAUAUUCGAGAGGAAAGAAUUACAACAAUAUUUCACUUUUAAAAACAAAUCCAAUCAAAUUUUUGUUUUAAUUCUUAAAAUGUUUUAUGUUGGCUUACUGGUCUUGAGUGGCUGCCUGGCCCUGGGGGCCGGCUACAGGAAAACUACAGACACGACAGCUGUUAAGAGGCAGUACCAGAUCCAGAAUGGCCCGUGCAGCUACACCUUUCUGCUGCCUGAGCAGGACAACUGCAGGACCCCGAGCAGCACCUACACUAACCUGGUCCAGAAGGACGAUCCGGCAGAGUAUGAUGAGUCGGCCCAGAGGCUGGAGCAGCUGGAGAACAUCAUGGAGAACAACACACAGUGGCUCCUCAAGCUGGAGAACUACAUUCAGGAAAGCAUGAAGCAGGAGAUGGCCCAGAUCCAGCAGAAUGCUGUCCACAACCACACGGCAGCCAUGAUAGAGAUUGGAGCUAAUCUGCUGAGGCAGACCACUGAGCAAACACGGAAACUGACCAACGUAGAGGUGCAGGUAAUAAAUAAUACAACUCGGCUCGAACGUCAGCUUCUUGAGCACUCUCUGUCAACCAUUAAGUUGGAAAAACAGCUCAUUUUCCAAACAAAUGAAAUAAGCAAACUGAAUGACAAAAACAGCUACCUGGAGAAGAGGGUGGGGGAAAUGGAGGAGCAGAUGCAGGUGGAGCUGGAGACGCUGAAAAAUAAGAAGGAGCAGCUCUCUACACUGGUACUGAGACAGACGGCCGUCAUGGAGGAGCUGGAGAAACAGCUGCUCCGGGCCACCACAAACAGCUCGGCCCUGCAGCGGCAGCAACACGAGUUACUGGAGACCGUCAACAACCUCAUCUACACCAUCUCCGUCCCCGCAGGUGGAGCGAACAAGCCUACCAUGAUGCAGGAUACACCGACCACGUACCCAGACUGUGCUGCGCUCUACAAGUCAGGAAACACAGACAGUGGAGUCUACUCACUGACCCUUCACAACACUACACAGGAGAUUAAGGCUUACUGUGACAUGGAGACGGAGGGGGGUGGCUGGACAGUACUACAGAAACGAUUUGAUGGCCGUGUUGACUUUCACCGUACGUGGAAAGAGUACAAAAUGGGCUUUGGAAACCCAUCAAGUGAAUACUGGUUGGGAAAUGAGUUUGUUUCAAUACUGACCAAUCAGCAACAAUACGUCUUGAGAAUACAGAUGAUGGAUUGGGAGGAAAACUCGGGAUUCUCACUAUAUGACCAAUUCUCUCUUGGCAGUGAAGCAGAAAACUACAGGAUACACCUUAAAGGCUACAGUGGAACAGCAGGCAAAAUUAGUAGCCUUGGUCAACCAGGAAGUGAUUUCAGCACAAAAGAUGCAGACAAUGACAGAUGUGUUUGCAAAUGCUCACAACUGACAACAGGAGGCUGGUGGUUUGACGCCUGCGGCCCCUCUAACUUGAACGGAAUAUUUUUCCAGCAGGGCCAGAACUCUAAUCGAUUCAAUGGAAUCAAAUGGUACUACUGGAAAGGCUCAGGUUACUCACUGAAGUCCACCACAAUGAUGAUCAGACCAGUAGACUUCUGAAGCUGUCCCAGAGACAUGCCUCUGACAGACGGACAUAGAAAGGAGAGCAUUGUCACGCUGGGAAACUACAGACAAGACAAACGAAAAAGACCAAAUAGACCGAAGUGCUCCAUAACAGCAACCUCACCACUUCCAAGUGUUCCACAAGGAAGGGAACAAAUUAAUUUGCUCCAACAAGUCAGCAAAAGUUUACUGUUUUGUACAAAAUUGACAAGUGAAAAUGAGUAGAAAAGUCUAUGAACUAUCUACUUUCAGAAAUAGGCUUUGGACUGCAUAAUCAACCGGGACAAGGCAGUCAAAGGAUGAAACAGGUAUUUAUAGCCAACUGGAACUGUGGUAGAGAUAACAGUAUUGUUUUCUAUAACAAGCAAUACCAGGGGAAAUGUCAGUGUGUAACACAAUGCAAGGUUGACAAAGUACAUUUUGUAAUAAUGAUAUUUAACCCCAUUGUUUGUUACAAUGAAUUUGAAAAUAACGGUUACAUUUUAUUUUACAUUACAAAUCUAAAAAUAGGCCUAAUACUAAAAGCAAAGAAAACUAGGGUACAAAUAAUUUCACAUAUGAACAUAACAUAUCAAUGUGCAAAGGCCAUCAGUAAUGAAUCUACUGCUUUUCUUUCUUACAGAGGUUGUACAUACUUACAUGACUUAAUUUAAAUGUAUAGAUGGUUCACAAAAUGUAUUAAAAUCAAUGUCAUAACUUUGAUCGGUAUGUUACUCAAAACAUCAUCAAUGUCAAUUAACCUAAUUAUGCACUUGUGUGAAAUAAUCUAUUGCAAGUGUGUUGAACUUUUUCCAUGAUUACACAAUCGAUUGAGUAAUUCGACUUCCACAUCCUUUGCCUGACUUAGGCUACAUGCUCUGUCAUGAUUCUAAUCUGUACAAGGAGCAUAUCUGCUUAUAUUUAUCAAUCUAAUUUAAUUGUGUUACUGUAGAAAAUGUGAUUUAUGGUCGUAAUAACUUAUUUAUGUAAUACACUUUACCCAUGCUUCUGUGAACAUUUGGGACCAAAACUUUAUUUUCACUUAAUUCUUCUAAGCGACUGGAGUUAUGAGUAGGAUUAGUCUACUUGGGAAUUUUUCUAUGUGGAGUACAAUGUCUUAUGUCAGAUCCUGUCACUCCUGACGCUCUUCCCUCAACCGACGGCCGUCGCGCAAUCUGAUGUGAAACAAUGAUGUGGAGUAUGGUUAAUGGUUUUGUCAGGAAUGCAAAGAAAUAGACUUUAGAACUUCAUUCCAAUUCUCUUGAAACUACAAGCUACAGAUCUUAUGUCUUCAUUCUGCUUUAA